CAGAGACGAGCAGGCUGGCCGUGGCUUGGUUCCUCGUUGCUCAGGGAAUAAUGUGGCGGAGGAGCGUUUUCGAGGUCGGGAGGUUCCGGGCUUGCCUUCGUGGCCGAGGAAAUGACCUCGUGGCUCAGGACAGUAAGCCACACAAGAGUUUUGGCACCUCUGCUGUCUUCUGGACUACGAAAGAUGAACCGGUGCCUCCAGUCAACAAUACUGAUAAAAAGACUGAUGAUAAGAGUAAGGGGGAAUCAACGCAAGCUACUGCAAAGAAGAACUUGCUGAACGUCCUUAAUGAAAUGAAGGUAGAAAUAAGUUCAAAGAAGACGUUUCUGAGGUUGAAAGCCCAGAAAAUGAAGGCGCAAACAGAGGACUUGCCAGAACGUAUGGAGAGCACAAGCAGCAUGUUCCAGAAAGCUGCAGAAAACAAAGCUAAGAGCAAGCCACUCAGUCCGGAGCUUCUUGCAGCUGCCUCUGCCGUCGCCUCCUCUCUGCCGUUGGACAAGAAGAGGACCGUUUCGGAGUUGCUCCAGCUGCUGAAGAAGCAGAAGGACAUCACCGAGGCACGUAAAAGUGGAGAAGCCCCUGACAUAAGCGACAUCGUUACGAACAUGAGGAUUAGAAAAAACCCGCCGACACGGGAAGCCUUCCGGGCAUCCAAUCAGAUUCAGUUCGAUGAGGAUGGGCGAGGCUAUAUGAUUGACAGACACGCUUCUCAUGGACCUACAGGGAUGAAAAGGAGAGGACUGUUUUCAGGAAAAAGACUUGAUAUUUUCCCUGUUCCUCCUUCUCCUGCACCAGAGGGAGCCCUUGAAGCAGUGACGAAACCCAACAUUUGGGACGUGGAGCUCGCCAAAGAAAUCACCGCGGUUGGUCAGCGACCCCCUCGGAACGCUUUUGAGGAGAUGAUAGAGUGGACAAAAAAAGGAAAGCUGUGGGAGUUUCCAAUUAAUAAUGAAGCUGGUUUAGAAGAGGACGCUGAAUUCUAUGAACAUCUGUUUCUGGAAAAGCACUUGGGAGAUUUUCCUAGGGAAGGACCAAUUCGCCACUUCAUGGAGCUCGUCACCUGCGGACUUUCUAAAAAUCCAUACAUGAGUCUUAAAGAAAAGGUGGAAUAUAUCGAUUGGUUCCAGAAUUACUUUAAAGAAAAAGAAGAGCUGCUUAAAGAAAUUGAAGCACACGAGAAGGAAUUGCUUCUUGAAAGAGAGAAGGUAGCAGAGUGAUGAAAACCCUUCCGUGAAAAAGAAAACAAAGGACUUUUGUUGUUGGUACAUAUUGGAUAGUUUAUACAGUCCAGUCUGGAAAAAGGGAUGAAUAUAUGAAAAUAGUUUUAAAAGCCUCUCACACUCAGAGAAGAAGGUGGUUUGUCAUUAAGCCAUAUCGAUAUUGAUAAGGGUUUGUAAUUCUGUUUCAGACAAACUAAGUGGAAGUUUAUGUUGUCUCCCUCCCUCUGCUCAUUCUGUUGUAUCAUAUUGUUCAAUCUUCCCUGUUCAUUACUUAAAUACAUUUGGAGGCGGAGAAGGAAAAAAAUCUCUAUUCUUACAGAUUCUCAUUCACUCUCAGCCAAAGCUUGCGCUUCCAUGGCCAUUUUUUCUCCCAGCGUGAGAUCCAGUUUAGUUUUCUUCUCAACUUUUCAGUGUAAUUCACAUGGGAGUGAAUCCUAAGAAAGGCCAAACACGUCUUCAAGAUUGUGAACCUGACUUUUGGGGUCUGGUAAAACCUCUUCCAUAUGUUUAAAACAGUUGUGUAGUUCUUACGAGCUUUCCUGCAACUUCCCAGUAACGUUAUUUCACAGGCAGGCAACGGGUUUUUGGCCCAGCUGCCGAAAAACC